UUGAGAACAAAACAUAAAAAAUGGAGGACGAAACACCAACCUCCUCGCAUAAUUUCCAACAAAGGCCUACAAAAAGCCCCCCAAAAAGAAAAACAGCUCGCACUAAAUCAUCGAAGGUAUGGGAAUAUUUCAAAUUUAGUUCCAAACGUAAAGAUGUUGUUAUCUGCGCUAUUUGCCAAAUGGAGAUGGCAUACCACACCAGCACAUCAGCGAUGUUGGAGCAUCUGAAACGGAGGCACCCCAUUGUCACUCGUGAAGGAGACAAUAAAAAGACACAGCAAAGAACCUUGCAGUCCUAUCUUGGGAAAGAGACACAAUGCACUACACAGAAGGCAGCAGAACUGAGCAAAAGGAUUUUGAGAGUGAUUGUCAAAGACAUGAGGCCUUUGUCUCUUGUUGAGGGUGAAGCCUUCAUAGACAUGAUCGAAUAUGCCUGCAUAUUGUGUUGAACUCUCAGGAAUGUAUAUACUGUGCACUGCACAGUGUUUUUGUUUUGCACUACUCUUUUGAAUUUUUUUGAACAAGAGUUAUGUUGGUACUGUAAAAGAGUAAACAGACUGUAUAACAAUAAAAUCC